CUCAGGAUGAUCUAGAGUCAAGCUUUUGGCACGGUGUAGGUAGAGGUGCCUGACCUGCGAGCUUCACUGUGGGGUAGCGAGCUUGGGUGCUUGGCAUCGCGUCUUUGCGGGGGGCGAUGGCAUCAUGCGUGCGCUGCCCCUCUUGCCGGAUGGGGCGUUUGCGCCGCUGAAGCGAGCCGUUUUGGGCGUGUUAGAUGGCUUCUUGAUGGGUUGUGGGGGUAUUUUCCACCCGUAUGGCACCAUUGAUAGCAUUAUUGCGUUUCGUGGACGCUAUUGGUUGGGCUGGGAUGAAGAGAUGGGCUUGCUGUGGCAAUGGGUUAGUCACUUGGCUACGGAAGUUCCCCUCUCUGGGCGGAGCAGCGACCUCGUCGAGACCAAACAAACCCUCUCCCCUUACCGCUUACUGCCGUGGCUACGCUCGAAACACGCCGUAUAUCUAGACAGCAUUGCGACCGAAAAAAGCGUCUUCGACGACCCCGAGCUCGCCGCAUUCUACCACCCACGCGCCGACUACGAGAACCUGCACCGCUUCGACCCAUCCUUCCGCUGGACCUACCGAGAAGAGCUAUCGGUAGUGCGCAAAACAGACGUCAACAUCUUCCUCUGGACACUAGUCAUGUUCUUCGCGCUCAACAUCGACCGGGGCAACCUGUCCAACGCCGUGGCCGACAACCUGCUCGACGACAUACACAUCACGACCAACGACUACAACAACGCGCAGAACCUGUACCGGGCAGGCUUUCUGCUGGCCGAAAUCCCCUCCCAGAUGCUCGGCAAGAAGCUGGGCCCCGACCGCUGGAUCCCCGCCCAGAUCGUGCUCUGGAGCAUCGCGUCGGGCGCGCAGUUCUUCAUGCGCGGCCGCGCGGCCUUCUUUGCGUGCCGCUUCUUCAUCGGCAUCUUCAUGGGCGGCUUCAUCCCCGACGCCGUGCUCUACCUGUCGUAUUUUUACAAGACGAACGAAAUGGCGCUCCGCCUCGCGCUGUUCUGGUUCACGGAUGCGAUGGCCGGCGUCAUUGCCUCGUUCCUCGCGUACGGCGUGCUGCACAUGCGCGGCGUCGCGGGCCGCGCGGGCUGGCGCUGGCUGUUCCUCAUCGAAGCGCUCAUCAGCCUCGGCGUCGGGGCGCUGAGCUUCGCGUUCCUAGUGCCUGGGCCGACGCAGACGGCGAAAACGUGGGUAUUCCGGAACGGGUACUUCAGUGCGCGCGAAGAAAAGGUCAUCGUAAACAGGGUGCUGCGCGACGACCCCUCAAAGGGCGACAUGCACAACCGACAGGCCAUCACACUGCCCAUGCUCGUCCGCAGCCUCGCCGACUACGACCUCUGGCCCGUGUACGCGAUAGGCGUCCUGUUCGAGAUCCCCGCCGCGCCGCCAAAAGCCUACCUCUCGCUGACGCUGAAAGCGCUGGGCUUCUCGACGUUCGAGACGACGCUGCUCGGCAUCCCGGCCACGGUGCUCGCCGCCCUGACCAUGCUGCUGGCGACGCACCUCGCCGAGCGCUGCGGCCAGAUCGCGCUCGUUGGCCUGCUGGCCCAGGCGUGGGUCCUGCCGCUGCUGGUGCUCGAGUACACGUCCGCGGGCACGCUGCCCUACUGGGGGCAGUACGGCGCCCUGCUCGUGCUCCUCGCCAUGCCGUCCCUGCAUGCCGCGCAGGUGGGCUGGUGCUCGCGGCUGAGCGGCACGGUGCGCACGCGGGCGGUGGGUGCCGCCGUGUACAACAUCACCGUCCAACUAUCGGGCAUCGCGUCGUCAAACAUCUAUCGCGCGGACGACAAGCCGCUGUAUCGCCGCGGGAAUAGAGAGCUUAUUGCCAUCAAUGUCGCGGCGAUGGUGGCGUAUGCGCUUGCGAAAGGGUAUUAUCUUUGCCGGAACAGGCACAAGCUGCGCCGCUGGAACGGUAUGAGUAAGAGGGAGCAGCAGCACUAUUUGGCGACGACAGCGGAUCAGGGGAAUAAGCGGCUGGACUUUUUGUUUGAUUCUUGA